AGAUUGGGGAGGCUACCGGGCCCACCGCAUCGCGCUACCCCCAUUCCCAUUCCCAUCCCAUCGCGCACAGCUCACGACAGCAGCGUCGCUCGCGUCCGCACCAGACCCAACCGCACCGCCAUGCGGCGGCCGCCCUGUCCCUAAACGCCGCCGCCGCCAUGCCCGCGGACCCCAAGCCCCCGCGCGCGGGGGCCCUGCCCGCGCGCCCGCUCCUCCUCGCGCUCCCCUUCAUCUCCAUGCUCCUCCUCCUCUACGUCUACUCCACCUCCACCGCCUCCCCGCCCUCCGCCGCCGAUGCGACCGUCGCCAUCGCCUCCGCGGGCGUCCCGCUGACCCCGUCCCCGCCGUCGCCGCACAUCCGCAUGCGCCGCGCCCGGUUCCGCUCCUACGACGACUACCUCCGGCACCAGCUCAACAAGACCCUCGACCCGCGCCUCCGCCGCGUGUGGGCGACCCGCGACUGGCGCCGCAAGGUGGACGCCUUCGCGCGCGCCUUCGCGGGGCUCCGGCGCGAGGGCCUCCUCCGCAACGCCUCCCGCGCGCUCUGCGUCGGCGCGCGCCUGGGGCAGGAGGUGGCCGCGCUGCGCCAGGUCGGGGUCGCCGACGCCGUCGGCAUCGACCUCGCCCCGGCGCCGCCGCUCGUCAUCCGGGGGGACUUCCACGCGCAGCCCUUCCCCGACGCCACCUUCGACUUCGAGUUCUCCAACGUCUUCGACCACGCGCUCUACCCGGACCGCUUCGCCGCCGAGAUCGAGCGCACGCUGCGCCCCGGCGGCGUCGCGGUGCUCCACGUCGCCGUGCACCGCCGCGGGGACAAGUACUCCGCCAACGAUCUGCUCGACGUCCAGGGCCUCGUCGGCCUCUUCCGGGGCUGCGACGUCGUCAGGGUCUCCAAGGUCGACGCCUUCGGCCUCGACACCGAGGUCAUCCUCCGCAAGAAGAGUGACGAAAAUUGAAAGGUUAGCAGUAAAAUCUUCUCCAGCGUGGCACAUGCACAUCGAUUGACCUCGCACGCUGCUCACCGGACGCGGCCAAACCGCCACCGGUGGUCCAAGACGGAGCCCGACGACCUCCGAGCCGUCACCGACGACGUGGCAGCCAAAAGGAACAAGACAACUCUCUCAGCCGGUGGCCCCGCCCGAGUCCACGACAACGCUUGACAGGUGGGCCUCGCCGCCCGGGAACGGCCUCACAUGACUGAUAGUACCCUGACUCUAGCAGGUGCAGCAGAACGGGCACGACGGAGUGGACCGACAGAUCCCUCUCCAUCAGGUCGACUGCUCAAUUCACAUGCUCUUGCCAUUGCAACAGCAGCAGUUUACAGUUCUACAAGAUGUCAGUUUUUUUUUUCUUUUGAGGAUAGAUGACAGUUAAUUGCAGCUCCCGUGCCAAGUACUAGAAGCAGGCUCUGAAGAAUUAUGUAUCCCCUUGUGAUGUAAAUCCAAGAACAGGCAUCAGUUUUCCACUGACCAGAAAGCUCAAAUCUCGAAUGCUUGAAUCCUUGCCAUUUGCCAACAUCUCAAUUGUCAUUUUUUGACAAAUCAGAACUGAUCCUCGUGAAAUGCAAGAUGCAACAAUGAACAGACUCAUCGUGCAUCACUAGGAAUACCCAACAUAUUUUGCUGGUUGUCAUUGGGAAAAAAAAACAGUGCCAGGCACCGGUUUUGCAAGAACGGCACAUGAUUCAGCGUUACUAAUGGAUCCUCUGCCCUUAGAAUUGCGAAUGCUGCUAUAAACCAUUUCACUCUGCGUGCAAAGUAAUGUUGCCGGUGGUAUAGAUAUGAGAAACACGGGUCAUUUUUGUGCU